AUGGAUGAAACAAUCGUCGAUGGUUCCGAUGAGAAACUCAAAGAUUAUUCUCCAUUGCCAACAGAUGCACACGAGGGUACAGAAUUUCAAGACUCGACAACAUUAGUUGGAGCUAAUCCGCGAGAUGCCGACAAGACCGCUGAUACCGCCUUUGAGAAAAAUAAAAAAGAUGAAGCUGUAAUUGAGAAAACUCCUAGUAAAUACUCUUUUUCCUAA